AUGGAGACGGUACAAUCAAGCGCUGACAACACCGACAUGGAAGAGAAAUUCGAGGACGCCCACGAUGUCAAAGACGAUUCCAGGCGGCAUUCGAUACAGCAGGAUGACACUACAGAACCCGAGAAAUCUCCCGAUGCUCAGCCCGCACCUCAGGAGGACGAACAAUCUACAUCUGAGCAAAGAGAGAGUACGGCGAGUUCCGACCACGCGGUACCGGAUGUCCAGAUAGACACGGUUGCGGUGGAUGAUUCCGCGUCUGUCCAGUCUCAAGAUACCCAGCAGAUACCUACUUUAAACGCCCCUGAAACCUCCCCUGACGAUUCCGACUCUACUCAAAAGCCUCCUGCAACCAAACCUCCUCCGCGUCCAUCAAGAUUCCAAGGCUUUUCAGCUUCUCUACCCUCAGUCCCUUGGGGACCGCCUCCCCCUCCCAGAAAAGGCUCAGACGCCCGUGCCCCUUCUCCGCAGCCGCCUCCCGCAUCUUCGUCCUUUGGGCGCAGAGUAACAACUCCAUUUGGAUGGCUGAGCCGAGCCACGUCGACUCCGAAAGAAAGUCGAUCUCCCCCUCUGCCUUCCAAACAGCACAUCGAUGCUCGUCGAAACACUGCCGCAUCCACCUCGACCCUCGGAAGCAACCCGGAUCUGAUGUUGAAAGCUCUCGAAGAGGCCCAUGAUGGAUCCAACGGCCAGAAACUGCCGUCUAGGGCUUCUCUGCGCGAACAAUUUAAGAUGCUGCGAAUGCGGGAGGAAGCAGGCGUAACCAGUCUGGAAGGCACCGAACACGCGGAGGGAGGAGCGAUUGCCGGACUCAUUGGCCGAUCAGCAACCGUCGGUGUCGGGAUCGCCGCGCCUGGAGGCAUUGGCCACAAUGAGGAUGUGGUCUCGAGCCCGGUCAUGUCACCAGCCGCCGAAACGGUCCCUACAAACCCGAACCUUGCCCCCGGGACUGUUGCAGGGAUAGCGGCUUCUUCAGCAGACACAGCCACACCAAUAGACUGGGAUUUCUGGCAAAAUGUUGUCAAUGAAGGGCCACAAGCCGUGGCACGGACGAGUCCUGAUGAAUUCACUCAAGCCGUCAGCGGAGGGAUUCCUCAAACAAUUCGACCAGUUAUUUGGCAAGUCCUCGCCGACAGCAAGAACGAGGAGCUGGAAGCGGUAUAUUGGGAUCUCCGCUCGCGAGGCCCCAAUGCAGAAGUGAAGGAGGGCAUGCCGAAAUCCCCAUUGCUCAAUGGAAAUGUCAACGGCGGCGUCAAGGAAAAGGAGUCGGUAGGCUCAUCGAGGUCCUCUAUCCGUUCCGAUCACUCCACUCCCGCAACUAGUGCACACGUGGGAGUGACGUCUCCUUCUCCGUCUCAAGAGCCAACAGAUCCGAUGGCAAGUGCGCGCCUUCAGACUCAAUUAGCCGCGGAGCGUGCGAGGAAGGCGAAAGAGGAUUCCGCUGCUCUCGCCAAGCUGGAGAAGAUGAUCAAGCGAGACAUGGGCUCGAGAACCAGCUACUCGAAAUAUGCCGCAGCAGCCGGCUUGCAGGAUGGACUCUUCCACGUGUGUCGGGCUUACGCCCUUUUUGAUGAUGCAGUGGGAUAUCCGCAAGGCAUGAACUUCAUUGUCAUGCCUUUACUCUUUACGAUGCCCGAAGAAGAAGCCUUCUGUCUCCUGGUCCGCUUGAUGAACAAGUAUCAACUGCGAGAGCUGUUCAUUCAAGACAUGCCAGGCUUGCAUCUGCACCUGUACCAGUUUGAGAGACUGCUGGAAGAUCUUGAACCGGCGUUGUACUGCCACCUCAAUCGCCGGGGUGUGACCCCCAAGCUCUAUGCAACUCAAUGGUUUCUGACCCUUUUCGCCUACCGGUUUCCUCUUCAACUCGUCAUGAGGGUGUUUGAUUUGAUCUUGUGUGAGGGACUCGAAGGAGCCAUCCUCAAGUUUGGCAUGGCGGUCAUUCAGCGCAAUGUCCCGGCCCUGCUGGCGAUGCAAGAUAUGCAGGCGCUCACAAACUUUUUGAAAGAAAAGGUCUUUGACGUGUACAUCGACGCGACACCUUCGUCGAAAUCGAUCUUGGAAUCAGGGUUCUUUGGCAACUCGGGUGGCACAGACACAGAAGUCUAUCGAGCGGACCUACUGGUUCAAGAUGCCUGUGCGGUCAAGCUCACCCCGGAAAUGCUCAAUCGGUACCGCGAGGAAUGGGAGACGACGACAAAGGCCGAAAAGGCCCGCGAGACCGAGCUCGAGAACCUCAAAACAGAAUGUGCCACCAAGGCCGCCCAGAUUCGGUCUCUCGAGAAGCGCGCCGAGAAGUCCGACGCCGAACACAUCGAACUGGCCAAUGAGCUGGUGAGGUUAAAGGUUGACAACACGGAGCUCCAAGAUCGUAAUGAGAGCUUGGCUGGACAGGCCGAGGAACUACGGAAGGUGGCGGAAAGUGAAGCUGCCAAUGUCGAGGCAAGAAUGCGAGCGGGAAUGGAACAAGUCAUGCAAAGAAAUAUUGAGGUCCAGAACGAAAACCGUCACAUGGAAGAGCAGAUGGCUGAGAUGGAACGGGAGCUCGUGGAAAUUAAAAUGAAGUAUGCCGAGUUGAACGCCGAACAUGAAGGGCUUCAGCAGAAAUGGAACGACUUGAAACGAGCACUCGAGUGA